UAGUUUACUUCAGAUGGCUGAGAAAACAACCAGAGGCCCGCAGGAUGUCCCCGGCUCUUCUCCUGAUGAAAAUGAAUUUCCUUUCGGAUAUCCCACUAACAUUUGUGAGGAUGUGCCUGAUCAGAAGUACCUGUGCAGCAACUGCAAUAACAUUCUGAAGAAAGCCCUGCAGACGCUCUGUGGGCAUAGAAACAAUAAAAAUGCGAUUUGCCAGAAAUGUAAAGAGGAAGAUCCCAGCACUUUAAGUGAGGGAAGCCUAUUGGCAGAAGAAAGGAACCCCUCUACACCCUUAAUCAACAAGGAUGGAUGUCGUUUUUCUGAAGUUGGCUGUUCAUUUCGGGGAAGCAAAGAGAAGAUAAAGGACCAUGAAAAAACUGCCAUUGGGGCCCACAUGCUGCUUCUGCUGCAGCACAUAAAGCAACUGAAGGCAAGCUUGUGCACUGCUGCCAGCACUGCAAAUGGUUUCAUCUCACAGUCGGAGCUGAAUGUGAAUGGUGCAGGAAAAAGCAUCUCUGAUCUGCAGAUCCCAGUGGGGCUGGAAAUUAAUGGCGAUCUGGAAGUAGACUGUUUUCCUGGAUCUUCUGUUUCAGAAGAUGAAUCUGUUCUGCAACAACUUAUGAGGGAGAAAGUGAUUUCUGAGCUAGAAAAUAAGUUACAUGUGUUUGAGAAUAUUGUGGCAGUGCUCAAUAAAGAGGUAGAGACCUCUAACUUGGAAAUCACAGCCUUUCGGAGACAGAAUGAACUUGAUCAAAAUAUAAUACGGGGCCUUGAACUGAAGAUUGCAGAGUUGCACCGGUGCCUGACGCAGAAGGAUGCGGGCCUGAGCAGUCUUCAUAAGAGUCUUCUGUUCUCUGAGCAAGCUUCCUACGAUGGGGUCUUUCUGUGGAAAAUAACGGAUGUUGGCAGGAAGUUACAAGACUCUGUGACUGGAAGAACAGUCAGUUUGUAUUCGCCAGCUUUCUACACUGCCAAGUAUGGCUACAAGGUCUGUCUGAGGGUUUACCUGAAUGGGGAUGGGACAGGAAAGGGAACCCACAUGUCCCUCUUCUUUGUGGUCAUGAAAGGAGACUACGAUGCUUUGCUCCCAUGGCCUUUCAGACACAAGGUUACAUUUAUGUUGCUGGACCAAAAUAACAGGGAACAUAUUAUUGACGCGUUUCGCCCGGACUUGACUUCUGCUUCAUUUCAGAGACCAGUGAAUGACAUGAAUGUUGCAAGUGGCUGUCCCAUGUUCCUCCCUUUGUCCAAAUUACAGUCACCCAAAUAUGCCUAUGUGAAAGAAGACACACUUUUCCUUAAAUGCAUUAUAGAAACAAAUUAG